AUGAUCUUUAUCCUUAUUUCCGUUUCCUCGAUAUUGCAAAUUUUUCGGAUUGGCAAACGUUCCAUGAACAACUUAGCUCUGCAUCGCAAAGAGCUAUACAAAAGGCACAAACUAUUCUUCGUGGAAUCCUUUUACGUAGGACAAAGGAUUCUAAAUUGGAUGGGAGACCGUUGUUGCAACUUCCCACAAAAACAAUAUCUUUCGUUAAACAAGAUUUUUCACGAGAUGAAAGAGAAUUUUAUGAUGCACUUGAAAAACGAUCAAGGAUAGAAUUUAAUCGUUAUCUAAAAGAAGAAAACUUUCUUUUGAGUAACACGAUCGAUUAUAAAUUAAAAUUAAGGACACAAGAAGAUAUUGGACACGUUAUUACAUCGGCUGGUGAUCAGAGAUUGUUACGUAAUCCAAAAUCAAAUGCCAAUGCCCAAGAGAAAAAUAUACCUAAUCAACUUGAACGGGCCAAAAAAAUCUUGUCUGAUAAAGUAAUUACUCGAUUGAUUGAAAAUUAUAAGGAAAAUGGUCCUAGUGAUUGUCCUAUUUGUUAUGAUAUCAUUGACAAUGGAAUCGUAACCGCAUGUGGUCAUGUUUUUUGUUUGGAGUGCAUUAAGCGUACCAUUGAUUUGGAAAAUAAGGAAAAUGUUAUUGAUAUUGAGGAUAAAACGUGUCCUAUUUGCCGAUCUACAAUAAAGGAACGUGACUUUAUUAGUUUAGACGUGUUUAUUCCACCUAAAAAAAGUGAACCUGAUGAUGAUGAUCCUGAUCUUCCUACUCUUGCCGAAUCUUUAAAGGCCAUAUCAAGCUCCUUUAGUGGAUCCGAUGCUGAUGAUGUUUUACCAUCUUCUGAAAAGGAAGCUUCUGAAAAAAAGAAUAAUUUUGCGACCAACAACACAUUUGCCAAUGCACCUGAAGGUUCAUUCAUGUCUUCCACUAAAAUAGAUCAAUUAAUGAAGGAAUUAGCUACCGCACAAGAAGAAGAACCCGGUUGUAAAACUAUUGUUUUCUCGCAAUGGACUUCAAUGCUGGAUUUAGUUGAAAAGCCUAUUAAAGAAGUCGGAUACAAAUUUUGCAGGUACGACGGUACUAUGGAUGUAAAAGAACGUGAUAAUGCUUUAAGAAAAUUGAUACAGGAUACUGAAGUUACAAUUAUGCUUGUUUCUUUGAAAGCUGGUGGCGUUGGUUUAAAUCUCACCAAAGCAAAUAGGGUUAUUAUGCUUGAUUGUUGGUGGAAUCCUGCCGUUGAAGAUCAGGCAAUCGAUCGUGUUCAUCGCAUUGGUCAAUGCAAGCAGGUUAUUAUAAAACGGUUAACUAUAAAGGAUACUAUUGAAGAUCGUAUAUUAAUUCUUCAGGAUAAAAAGCGUGAGUUAGCUGCAGGUGCCUUAGGAGAAGGGAGUAUUAAAGUUGGAAGAUUAACAGUAGAAGAUUUAAUAUUUCUUUUCCAUACAGUACCUAGGCUUAUUAUACUUUUACAUAUUACGUUCUUUGGGAACCGAGAUGCUUUGAAAUUUCAUCGUAAAGUCAAAGGCGUACCGAUGGCCAAAGUUUUACCAAAAAUAGAAAGUCUUAUCAAAAGUUCUGCUGAAAAUCAGAAUCUUUAUCGAAGCAAGACUAAGGAUAUUAG